ACGAGUUUUGAGAUAAUUGCAUCAAGUGAUUAAUGUUUUAAUUCUUUUCUAAAUUAUCUCAGUGUGACGUGAAGUGAUAGUUAGAUAUAUAAAGUAACUCCAGUAAGAAGUACAUCAUGGAAAAGGAUAAUAAAGAGGAACAAUUGUUCCCAGAGGAGGACACUCAACCGCCGGAGCAGGAUGAAAUAUAUGAGUGCGUAAACAAACUCAAAAAGUUGUUCAUCGCCAUAGACGCCAUAGUAAAAUCCAUAAUGGUCACUCCAGAAGCCGGGAAAGAAGUGCCGCAAAACCUGGAACUCACUCUCCAAACAUGCAAGGACAGCGUUAUGACAAGGCUAGUGGAGUCAGUGCGAGAAUAUGAAGACUAUAUUAAGUCGCUUAAAGAUGCUGAUUCGAAUGAUCAUUCUACUGAAGAAGAUGACUUUAAUCAACCAGAUUAAACAUUUGGUGUAUAAAUUUUUUUUUG